CCAUCGCCGUAAAACCCACAGAAGGAGAAGAAGAAGGAACCCGCAGUAGAAACAAAGAGAAACAAAGAGAUUUAUUUCUGCGGAUUUGGGUCCAAAAUGAGAAAAAAACGUGACAUGUCGAACUAGUGGACCUGUGAACUUCUUCACAUUCUUCUUCUUCAUUUUCUUCUGAUUCUUCCUCUUCUUCGUGUGAUGUCGGAGGCUGGAGGAGGAGGAGGAGGAGGAGGCGGAGGUAAAGAUGGAGGAGGAGGAGGAGGUAAAGAUGGAGGAGGAGGAGGGGGAGGAGGUAAAGAUGGAGGAGGACCAGUUGCCACGGAAACUCGCAACGCUCCCGUUUACUGCGUCUGUCGGAAACCUGACAUCAACUGUUUCAUGAUAGGGUGUGACAGCUGCUCUGAGUGGUUUCAUGGAGGUUGUGUUGGAGUUUCAGAAAAAGCAGCGAAGUCCAUCAGAGUCUGGUACUGUCCCUCCUGCAGAGACAAAGACUCAUCUCUGGAGAUCAAAUUCCGCCCCAAAAAAAACAAAGAGAAGGAGGAGAAAGAGGCGGAGCCAGAGAGAGACGGAGAUGGAAGCUCCACCCCUCAGCUCAAGAUUGACAGGAGGCGGGGCUCACAGAUCAAGCGUUCGGCUCGGAUGUGUGGCGAGUGCGACGCCUGCCUGAGGACGGAGGACUGUGCUCAGUGCGACUUCUGCAAAGACAUGAAGAAGUUUGGAGGUCCCAACAAAAUCCGACAGAAGUGUCGCCUCAGGCAGUGUGAGGUCCGAGCCCGGAAGAUGCUACGGGUCAAGGAGGAGGAGAUGAGUCACAGCGGCAGCAGGGGGCGGAGUCUGAUGAGAAAAGGGGUGGGGCAUCAGACAGAGGAUGAUGAUGAUGAUGAGGAGGAAGAGGAGGAAUGUUUCAGCGAGAGCGAGCUGGAGCUGUACGAGCAGUACAAAGCCGCCGGAUACAGAGACCUGGUGUGGCGCAGCGAGGACGAGGAAGAGGACGAGGAGGAGGACGAGGAGGAGGAGGAGGAGGGGUCUCAGUCUCUGAGGAAGAAGGCGGUGAAGGUGAAACACGUCAAGAGACGAGAGAAGAAGCCGGAAAAGAAGAAGUCUUCGUCCAGUCUGAAAGAGGACGUGAAGCCUCGCCGCCAUAAAGCCAAGCAACGGCACAGGGAACGGACGGGGAGGGGUGGGGCCAGGGAGGUGGGUGGGGCUAGGGAGGUGGGUGGGGCUAGGGAGGUGGGCGGGGCGAAGCAGUGUCUGGGACCAGGAUGCGUGGAACCAGCGAGGUCCAACUCCAAGUACUGCUCCGAGGACUGUGGCAUGAAACUUGCAGCCAACCGUAUCUACGAGAUCGUCCCCCAGAGGGUCCAGCAGUGGCAGCAGAGUCCCUGCGUUGCCGAGGAGAUGGGACGGAGACAGCUGGAGCGAAUCAGGAAGGAGCAGCAGGCGGCGAGACUCCGUCUCCAACAGAUGGAGAGACGUUUCCAGGACCUGGAGGACAUCAUCAGACACGCUAAGGUCCAACAUGUCCAACAGGACGAGGAGGUGGCUGAAGGGGACGGUGAGGACACAGACCUUCAGAUCUUCUGUGUGUCCUGCAGUCAUCCCGUCCAUCCUAAAGUGGCGCUGCGUCACAUGGAGCGAUGCUACGCUAAGUACGAGAGUCAGACAUCGUUUGGUUCCAUGUAUCCAACACGGAUUGAGGGGGCCACCCGGCUGUUCUGUGACGUCUACAACCCUCAGAGUAAGACCUACUGUAAGCGGCUCCAGGUUUUAUGUCCAGAACACUCCAGAGACCCAAAGGUACGUCUCCGCCCCCUCCACGUAACCGGGCGCCCUAGGUCGUCUUCAGGUGUCCGCCUGUGUCCCCAGGUCCCUGCGGACGAGGUGUGCGGCUGUCCACUGGUCCGAGACGUCUUCGAGCCGACGGGGGACUUCUGCCGAGUGUCCAAGAGGAGGUGCAACAAACACUACUGCUGGGAGAAGCUGAGGAGGGCCGAGGUGGACCUGGAGAGAGUCCGCGUGUGGUACAAGCUGGACGAGCUGUUUGAGCAGGAGAGGAACCUGAGGACGGCCAUGACCAACAGAGCUGGACUCCUGGCCCUCAUGCUCCACCAGACCAUCCAGCACGACCCCGGGACCACGGACCUCAGGACGCCCCGGGACAGGUAGACAGAGGACAUGAAGACAGGUGGACAAUGAGCUCCUCCCACCAGCCAAUAAGAGGGAGGGGAGGCGGUUUCCGUGGAGACAUAUGACAAGUUCAUGACAAGACACUAAAUAAAGAGCAUGUCUCUGUCUCUGUCCCUGUCCCUGUCCCUGUUUCUGUCUCUGUUUCUGUCUUUAUUUUCAUAAAGUUUGUGAUUUUAUUCAGUUUUUAUUCAUUAAAACAUUCAAACUUUC